AUGAGUGACGAAGAAAGCCAACAAAGUUCAUCGGAAGAAGAGACUGAAAAAGAAAAAAGGGAAAAGGAAGAAGAACGUCGACGCAGAGAGGAAGAGGUAGCUCAAGAAAGACAGCGUAAACUAGAGGAGAAGAAACGUAAAGAAGCUGAAGAAGCCUCGAAGAAACAACGUAAACCUGGUCAGAAGCGUAAAGGUUUAGGUGGUUUGUCGAAAGAGAAAAAACGACUGUUGAAACAACUGAUUAUGCAAAAAGCUGCUGAUGAAAUGAAAGCUGAGAUGAAACGUCGACAGGAAGAACGUGAGAACUUUUUACGUGGAAAAGUAGAGCCACUGAAACUUGAUGGUCUUGGUGAAAACGAUUUAAAUGCUAAAGUGAAACAGUUGUACGAACGUGUUCGACAACUCGAAGGUGAUAAAUACGAUUGGGAAGAAAAGUUAAGACGUCAAGAUUUUGAGAUCAAUGAAUUAACAAUCAAGGUUAAUGAUGUAAAAGGCAAAUUCGUUAAACCAGUUUUAAAGAAGGUAUCCAAAACUGAAAGUCAUAUGGCACGAUUUGAGAAGAAGGAAGGUGGACAUUCACUUUCUUCUUUCCGUAGUCAACUUAAGUCAACUGGUCAUAGUAAGUACGCUUUGGAGGAAAAGGAUGAAGUCGUGAAUACACCUAAAUAA